AAUUUCUGCUAAUCAGCCGUGUACGUCAGCCGGAAUCAUCAGUACGUAAACAAUAUACCUAUAUGUGCAGACCACAUAACGCGAGGAUUACGCGGGUGAAUACAUUUCUCGCGUCUGCGCACAGACUGCAAAGGUCGUGGCCACUCAGUGAUCAGAAACCCUGCGUGACGUCAUCGUCCGGAGUUCUUCCCAAAGGGGACUGGUUGUUCUUUUGGGUCUAAGGAAGUACAAGAGAAAGUGCAAUAUGUCGGGGUUUACUUUGGCCUCGUUGAAUUAGAGCAUACUUGCGUAUUUUUUCACGUUUAACGUCAUUCGUAUUACUCCCGUUGAUAUUUGUAUACAUUUGUGACGUGUUCCGCGUCUCAGGAAGGUUGAGAAACGGAGAUUAAUACAGUUUCGUCGUGACAGCCAGCCAAAAUAGUUGCACAUAACCCUGUGAAUAUGAGAUAUAACUCAAGAUCCGACGCCACGAAAUAUCUAGUGAUCAGUUUACGUGAUUGAAAGAUAAUCUCGCUGUAAAUAUUGAGUAAACACAAAACCUGACGCUCAAACCUUGUACAAUAUGGGACUUUUAUUCUCGAAACUGUGGAGUCUGUUUGGGAACGAAGAACACAAAAUCGUAAUGGUUGGACUGGAUAACGCGGGUAAAACAACGAUAUUGUAUCAAUUUUUGAUGAACGAGGUUGUCCAUACGUCACCAACAAUUGGUUCUAACGUUGAAGAAGUUGUUUGGAAAAAUAUUCACUUUAUAAUGUGGGACUUGGGUGGUCAGCAAAGUUUGCGAGCCGCCUGGUCAACUUACUACACAAAUACCGAAUUCAUUAUAAUGGUGAUCGAUAGUACAGAUCGUGAAAGAUUAAGCGUUACUAGAGAGGAACUAUAUUCCAUGUUGAAUCAUGAAGAGUUGAGCAAAGCCAACGUUCUUGUCUAUGCUAAUAAACAAGACUUGAAGGGAAGCAUGAGUGCCGCCGAAAUAUCCCGGCAGUUGGAUCUUACGUCGAUUAAAAAGCACCAGUGGCACAUACAAACUUGUUGCGCACUUACAGGAGAAGGGCUAUACCAGGGUCUCGAGUGGAUCGUUGGUAGACUGAAGAAGACAUGACCCAAAUCGUGAAAGCUUAAACUGCCUUUGUCAAUAAAAUAUACGGAAUGUAAAAUAUUCGAAGGGAUUUAGGUAUUGUGCCACUUUGACUGCUGUACUAAAUAUAAAAUGACAAUUCUAAUACCUGAAAGGUUGAAUAUCCAGCCUUAAUGAAAUACGUAUGGAGUAUAGUUGUCAAAGUGUAUUUAUAUCAGUUGGUAAGAUAAUGGAAAGCAGAAAGUUGUAACAAAUGUAAAACCGUCGAAUUGUGGACACAAAGUAAAAUCAUAUCUGGCUUGUUGCGCUACUGGUAAUGUGUAAAGAAAAAAAAAAAUCACGACGAUAUACUUUCAACAAUUUGCUAUGAAACUAUUUAAUCUGCUAUCUUGCAAAAAAUAA